AAGCAUUUUGUAGCCCUUUUUGUCUUAUUCUCCGUUUACAUCACGUCUGAACAGAUUUGCCGCGUUCCCCCCGGUUUCUUGCCUCAGUUUCGAACUUCGAGCAUGUGAUGAUUUUCAAUCAAGGAACUGUUUUACGUUUUAUGAAACUCGACGCAAAAUGCUACAUGAUUGCUCUAUUCUUUCUUUCAGCUUUUUGGAUCUAUUAUUGGUUAUGCAGUUGUUGGGGCAAUGUUGGUGUGCCAAAUUAUUGGAAUAUUCUACUCGACGUCAGUUAUGAAAAGCUACAUUUCGACUCCGACACUCAAAUCUUUAGAUGUCUAUAGCGAACAGGAUCUCUCUUCAUGUGAAGUUUUCUCUUCGCAUGUAAUUCUGCUUGAA